UCUUACUGAGUGUUCGCUUAAAGUCCCCUCCUACCCGCUGGUGGCUAACAACCCUCCCUUUCCCAAAUUUCCCCGCCGGGACCAAUCAAACGGAAGCUCGGCGAGGAAAGGCAACGGAUGAGGCCCGCACGGUCGGGCAUUAUGAAAGACCUCUCCGCUAGCCCUUCCGGUUUAUCAACCCCUAACCCCCCAGCACAGGAGGUCAGACCAGAGGGUAACACCACCACCACCUCCAAAAAGAGACGGUUGAACAACAGUAGUGAAAAGGACGAUUUUGACCCCCUGUCAUCACCCAGGAACAACUCGACCACCUCAUCUAACUACAUCCAAAAGAAACUGAGGUUUGAGGACACUUUGGACUUUAUUGGACUCGAUGUGAAGAUGGCUGAGGAGUCUCCCUCCUCUUCCUCUUGUUCUUCCACUUCCCAGCAAUUGAGGAAUAAAAAUUUGCUAAUCUCUCCCGUGGCAGCUGGGCAUCAUGCCAACGGACUCACCAAAGCCUCCCCAGUGUCCAGCUUUGCGAACACUAAACCUGGGUCAGCCAAGAAGUUAGUCAUCAAAAACUUUAAAGAUAAACCCAAGUUGCCUGAAAAUUACACAGAUGAAACUUGGCAAAAACUGAAAGGAGCCGUGGAAGCAAUCCAAAAUAGCACUUCAAUAAAAUACAAUUUAGAGGAAUUAUACCAGGCUGUGGAAAAUCUUUGCUCUUACAAGAUAUCAGCAAAUCUUUACAAACAGUUGAGGCAGAUUUGUGAAGACCAUAUUAAAGCACAGAUUCAUCAAUUCAGAGAAGAUUCUUUGGAUAGUGUUCUUUUUCUUAAGAAAAUUGAUAAAUGCUGGCAGGAUCACUGCAGGCAAAUGAUCAUGAUUAGGAGUAUAUUUUUAUUUUUGGACAGAACCUAUGUUCUUCAAAAUUCAAUGCUACCAUCUAUUUGGGAUAUGGGUCUAGAACUGUUUAGAACACAUAUAAUAAGUGAUCAGAAAGUCCAGAAUAAGACUAUUGAUGGCAUCCUUCUAUUAAUUGAGAGGGAAAGAAAUGGAGAAGCCAUUGAUAGAAGUCUGUUACGAAGUCUUCUUAGUAUGUUGUCUGACUUGCAGAUUUAUCAAGAUUCAUUUGAGCACAAAUUCUUGGAAGAGACAAAUCGCCUUUAUGCAGCAGAAGGACAGAGACUAAUGCAGGAGAGAGAGGUCCCUGAAUAUCUACAUCAUGUCAACAAGCGCUUAGAGGAAGAAGCUGACAGAGUAAUCACAUACUUAGAUCAAAGCACGCAGAAGCCUUUAAUAGCCACUGUCGAAAAACAACUCUUAGGAGAACAUUUAACGGCCACUCUUCAGAAAGGCUUAAAUCACCUCCUGGAUGAAAACAGAAUUCAAGACCUUUCCUUGUUGUAUCAGUUAUUCAGCCGCGUAAGGGGUGGGGUACAAGUCCUUUUACAACAUUGGAUUGAAUACAUCAAGGCUUUUGGCAGCACCAUUGUGAUCAAUCCUGAAAAAGAUAGGACAAUGGUACAAGAGUUGCUUGAUUUCAAAGAUAAAGUGGACCAUGUGAUUGAUGUCUGUUUUCUAAAGAAUGAAAAAUUUGUCAAUGCUAUGAAAGAAGCAUUUGAAACCUUUAUCAAUAAAAGACCAAACAAACCUGCAGAACUUAUAGCAAAAUAUGUUGAUUCAAAACUCCGGACUGGAAACAAAGAAGCAACAGACGAAGAACUUGAAAAGAUGUUGGAUAAAAUUAUGAUAAUUUUUAGGUUCAUUUAUGGAAAGGACGUAUUUGAAGCCUUCUACAAAAAGGAUUUGGCCAAGAGGUUGCUGGUUGGGAAAAGUGCAUCUGUGGAUGCUGAAAAGUCAAUGCUUUCCAAACUUAAACACGAAUGUGGGGCUGCAUUUACUAGCAAACUCGAAGGGAUGUUUAAAGACAUGGAGUUGUCAAAAGAUAUUAUGGUUCAUUUUAAACAGUAUAUGCAGAACCAAAAUGUCCCAGGAAACAUUGAGCUAACUGUAAAUAUCCUCACUAUGGGUUACUGGCCAACCUAUGUCCCUAUGGAAGUUCAUUUACCUGCAGAGAUGGUUAAAUUGCAAGAGAUUUUUAAGACCUUUUAUCUUGGAAAGCACAGUGGUCGAAAACUACAAUGGCAGUCAACCCUAGGACAAUGUGUCUUAAAAGCAGAGUUUAACGAGGGUGGAAGAGCAAGCAAGCACUACAGAAAGAGUGUUUCAGGACCGACAGUACCAAAUUGAUGCAGCAAUUGUUCGAAUUAUGAAAAUGAGAAAGACCCUUAGCCACAAUCUUCUGGUGUCUGAAGUCUACAAUCAGCUUAAAUUUCCAGUGAAGCCUGCAGAUUUGAAGAAAAGAAUAGAAUCCUUAAUAGAUAGGGACUACAUGGAAAGAGACAAAGAAAAUCCGAACCAGUACAACUAUGUUGCAUAAAAAAGUUUGGGGCUUUGGUCUUUCAACACGAGGAUAAGAAAAUUAGCAAGUUUAUCCCAUUAUUAACUUUUUUUACACUGAUAACUAAAUGAAAGCUGCAUAACAAAGAACAUGUGAGCAGAUUCAGUGAUUUAAAAGGCCCAUUUAAAGUAUAAUUUACAUUUUUUAAAGAAUGCUGUUGAACUCUUUGCAUGUUAUUUUAGUAUGCUGUGCUCAGCCACUGGAAGAAUAUUUGGUCCAAAGUUUAAUUGGCUGUAGAAGAUGAAGAUCGUUAAAAUGGCACAUUUUUCUAGCCUCCUUACAGAAAGAGGAGAAAUAUAUAAUACAGCCUUGGCAUAGUAUUCCUCUGUUGCUCCUUGAAACUGCAUGCAAAGUAAUUGCGUUCUAUAUAAUUCAAAGUUGCUUGUGCCCAUAAUGUGUGCCUCAGGGGACUGGAAAACUUUUAGCAUGGACAUAUUAUGGUGCUUCAGUCCAAACCAAAACAAGAUGCAUAGUUCCCAUACAUUAUUCAUGGUGCAUCAGUUAUUCAUUUUUUUGUUUUUUUUUUUCCUUUUAAGGACUAGUUAAUGUAAUUGAAAGUGAUUUAUAGAAGUAUUUAGAGUGACAACAGAGCUGUGAUGUGAUUGCAAAAUCAAAUCCAUUUCAACAAAACACUACAAGAUGUAAAUUCACAUUCAGCAUAAUGGAUGGAUUGUCGACGCAGCCUUCUUCCCAAACAUCAAGCUCUAUAUUUCUGGCCCAACCAUGCUUUCUACUUAGAUUCACUUGUUUCAGUGAUCUAGUAUAAAUAGUGUAGUCUUGUCAAAAAGAAAGGUAGACCCAAGAAUACUUGAGUGUUUGUGCAUAUAUAUAUAUAUAUAUAUAUAUAUAUACAUGCACAUAAUGGGCUACUUCUGAGCGAAAUAUGUAUACUUUGCCAUUGUUGACAGGGAUCCAUGCAUUUUGUGCCUUUUAACAAAGACUUUAGAAGAAUAUGUCUACAGUUAAACACUUUUAUGCCUCGUGUUUGACAUCCUAACUAUAACAUGUAAAUGUUUUUUUGUUUUUUGUGUGUGUAAUUCUGUGCUGGUUGUGUUUCACCCAUAAGAAAUGGAGACCGUUAUAGUCAGCUACAUCAUGUCUUUAUCCAAUUUCUACUGCAGAUGCUUUUAAUACAGAGGUGUUAAGCAACACAUCUAGCUUUUUAGCUGGUGUUCAUGCCAGAAGCAAAUGCAGCCAUGUACAGGGUUACCAAUGUUGCCUUGUAUUAUUUUCUGAAUCAUAUCCAUUGAAACUCUUAAGUAGAUCACUUUAAUGUAUUGUAUAGAUAGUAUGCUGCAGUGUUAAUUUGUUCAAAGUUUUUAAUGAUAUAAUUUUUUCCAUUAUCCAAGGUGAAACUUUACACCGCAAGGCUUGUUACAGUAAUACACACAAAGUGAUUUAAAGCAUGUUUUUGUGCUUUAUUUUAAUAACAUUACUGUCUGAAUAAUAAUAAUUAAAAAAAAAUCCUCAUCUAAACUACCAACCUUCUUCUUUGGAAGGUUUCAGUACUGGUUUGUAUUACUGCAUAACCAAAGUUUUCUACUUCCAACUAUCCAGUGCUGCUUAAAAAAAUCAAUUCACUAGAGUAGUUCCAGGAGCCAAGUUGGACACACCUGCAAAAUUUUAAUGAACACCACUGCCAUUAUUCGAGUGGUUCUGGACAUCUAACCUAUUGUUUUUCAAGAUUCUGGUAUCUGGUCUAGUUACAUGCAUCCCAAAUCUAUCUUACAAAAGAAAUUAAAUACUGUGGUUUAGUUUCCAAGUUUGUUUUUUAUGUCAUUAGCAAAUGCCGCCUUGGAACAUGUUCAAAUCUAUCCUUUCAUUUAAAAUGUUAUCCAGUACUCUCAAAUUUUAGUUUAUAAGAAAAAAAUAAUAAUUUUUAACUUGGUAUGCAGAGAGUAAUUUUUUUCCCUCUUUUUUGAAAUAUACCUUAACAGUUUAGUUAUGUGAAGUACCUAUGUGGUAUUAUCUGUUUUUAUAUUUUUCAUGAUGGUGCCAAAGUAAAUUAUGUGAAUUUGAAAAUUGUGUGAAUUACAUUUAGGAAAAAAUGAGAUAUUCUGCUUAAGAAGACGUUUUCUAUGGCAUACGUGAAAUUGAAAAAAAAAAAUUUCAGCUAUUAGUUUUAUUUUUUUGUGAUUAGUUUGAAAUUAUCCUUUCUUAGCAGGUAUUAAAAUAAAGCACUUUGAUCUAGUUUAAAAACCAGGGUUGCUCAUUUUAAGAUGAGUGCUGAGCAUAUUUUUUUUCUGCAAAAUAGAGGAAAAAUGUGUAUGUGGUGGUAAAUAGUUAUGUAACAUUUUUUUAGCGGCAUAUUGUUGCUCUUAAGCUCACCCAUAUAUAUAUAUGUAUUUGUUGAAUAUCUGCCGUUCUUAGCACUGAAAUGUAUGCUCAGAAGAGUACAGCAGCAUUCAAAAAUGUAAUAUACUUUUCAUAUGACUAUUGUUUGAAAUGUGGGGUGACCUUAAAAGAAUCUUUUUACUUUUAAUAUUUUCACUCCAGGGAUUCGAUAUAAAUAAAACUUUAGCUAUGUUCACUGUAUCUCGAUUUAAAUGUGACUUUAAAAGUCCUGUGACAGCAUUGCAUUCUUUUAAGGCAAAAGUAAAACCCUUUUAAUGUUUCAUAAAACAAGUGUGCUAAGGGUCUACAAGGUCUUUAUAAGUUGGUAAAUAAUGUAAAUAAGUGUCCCUUUAAAGAAGAGUGAGUGUUAUCUAGGUAUUUUGUGUCAUUUAAUAAAUAUUAAACCAUU